UCGUUAUUCUAUGCUGCUAGUCACUGUCAGUAUCCACCAACCGCGCGGUAGCUAGCUAGCAAGGGAGUAAAAUGCUAGAAAUGGCGAUGACAGUAAGGGAGCAGCAUGAUUUGCUGUAAAAUGGUUUAAAGUCAUAUUGUCAAAACACUGGUGGCAAAAUGAGAAUGACGUCCAAGUAGGCCAUCAUUGUUAACGGUUACUAACACCCCGUCACAUCUUCUUGGGAGAGUUUUCAUCUCAUCGGAGGAGGGGAGAAAAUCUCACCGGAAGCAUGGCUUCUCACAGCAACCAGUACAUCUUUGGGGAAUUUAGCCCUGACGAAAUCAAUCAGUUCUUUGUAACUCCACGCUGUUAUGUUGAGCUUCCUCCAUUCAAUGACAAAGUCCCCUGUGUCAGUCAGUCAACUGGAAGUCACUGCACUCCUGCUGUACCUUACAUUAUGGAGUCUUUGAGACGGCAGGUUUGCGCAGAAGACUACCAGCCCAUUGCGUUUGGCGUGGACGAGGUGAUGGACACUACUCCCAUUGGGGUGAAGGACCCCCUCUUCAAGGUGUCCAGCACCCUCAACCCCCAGGCCCCAGAGUUCAUCCUGGGCUGCCCGUCCACACAGAGCUCCCUGCAGGCCGCCGGCCCACCGGCCGACGUGAUGGACUGCGUCCACUUCGACAUGCUGGACGGUCCCGACUCGAUGGUGUCCGCUGUCGCCAAUCACCAGGACUGCCAGGACAUGGACGGCAUGUCUGGAGGCCUCGGGCCUCGGGAGAGAAGGAAAAAGAAAAAACGUCCCCCGGGAUACUACAACUACCUUGAGGGGUCUCCCGGGACGGAGGGGCGUGGUGGAACAAUGGCAGACGGCCUGCCCGUGCCAGGGCUGCUGAAUGGACAUGUCGGUGCCCCAAACCACGGUGUUGACAAUGUGGUUGCCCAAGCGCUGUCGGGCGCCGAACUCUGUUCCUCUGGCCCCGUUGUUGCCACACCGACGGCUGCGGCGGCGCAAGCCAGUUUUGCCCCCGCGGCCACAGUCGACCAGAGGACUUGUGUUAGCCCUGGCCUCUCCUCUUUGGACUUAACGGGCCGAGCCGCCUCUUUGGACGGUAACCACGCGGCGUCCUCGUCGUCCGCCUCCUCUCAGAGCAGCGGGCUGACCGAGGAGCCCCCGGCGGCCGAUCAGCAGCCAGACCUUUUGAGCCGCCAGAGCCCCAAGCGCCCGGACAGCGGUACACAGAGCCCCUCCCCCUGCCCGGUGUCCCCCGUACCCCCCGCGGCGUCAGCGGCCGGCCCCCUACCCUCCUCGGAACCCGCCGCCCCCCCACCGCCGGAGGAGGCCGGGGACUUCGGGGUGGCCAACGGGCUGGCUGGACCCGACGCCGUGGACGGCACGGAGGGGCCCGCGGAGGAGCGGUGCGAGGCGUCGGGGCCCGUUCAGCCGGCUUCCCCAGACUCUGCAGCCCCGCUUGUGUCCGAGCAGCUUCACGCGUCGUCCGCCCCUUCGGCCAACCCUCCCAAAUCCUCUAGCCUUUUCCACAAGUCCAAGCCUCCGCGGGGGCCUCAGGCGUUUGUGGAGGUGAAGAACGUGGUGGAGGUCGUGGCGCCCUCCCUGUGGUGCCAAAGCAAACCGGAGAAAGCCGGGGAGGUCAAAGAGAGCCCUGUCCAUGUGUCAGAGGAUCCUUUGGCCCCUAAACUUGCAGAACUUAUUGACAAUGUGAAGUUGAUACACAAACCAGUGUCUUUACAACCAAGGGGACUGAUCAACAAGGGGAACUGGUGUUAUAUCAACGCUACCCUACAGGCGCUGAUUGCAUGCCCACCCAUGUAUCACUUAAUGAAGUCCAUUCCUCUGCAUAAUGACUCCAAGAGACUUUGCACCUCCACACCCAUGAUAGACAACUUUGUUAGGCUUGUAAAUGAGUUCAACAACAUGCCCGUGCCAUCAAAACCCAAACAUCAAGCUGCUGGUGAUAAGCUAGUGAAAGACAUUCGACCAGGUGUACCCUUUGAGCCAACGUACAUUUAUAGGCUACUUACACUCAUCAAGUCAAGUCUCUCCGAGAAGGGUCGGCAAGAGGAUGCAGAGGAGUACCUCGGCUUCACCCUCAACGGACUGCACGAGGAGAUGCUGGCCUUGAAGAGACUCAUCUCGCCUCAUGAAGACGAAUCCCCAACCCGCAAUGGGCCCGCGGCCCAGCCCGAAGAGGACCAGGCUGCGGACAAACAGGAGGAAGAGAGCGAGGAGGAGUGGGAGCAGGUCGGACCCCGAAACAAGACCUCCAUCACACGCCAAGCUGACUUUGUCAGCACUCCCAUCACUGAUAUUUUUGGGGGCCCUGUUAGAUCCGUGGUGUACCAGCAGAACUCUAAGGAGUCAGCCACCUUGCAGCCCUUCUUCACCCUGCAGCUGGACAUCCAGUCCGAGAAGAUCCGCACGGUUCAGGAGGCCCUGGAAACCCUGGUGGCCCGGGAGUCGGUCCAGGGCUACACUUCCAAGACUAAGCAGGAGAUUGAGAUCAGUCGGAGAGUGACUCUGGAAGAGUUGCCCCCGGUGCUGGUUCUCCAUCUCAAGAGGUUUGUGUUUGAGAAGACUGGAGGUUGCCAGAAGCUGACCAAACACAUUGACUACCCUGUCGAUCUGGAAAUCAGCAAAGAUCUGUUAUCCACUGGAGUGCGGAGUAAAGUGGUGAAAGGCCUCAGAAUGUACAGGCUAUUUGCAGUUGUCUAUCACCACGGAAACAGUGCAACGGGCGGCCAUUACACUACAGAUGUCUUCCACAUUGGUCUGAACGGCUGGCUGCGCAUCGACGACCAGGCUGUUAAAGUUAUCAACCAGUACCACGUGGUGAAGCAAUCUGCGGAGCGCAGUGCAUACCUGCUGUACUACCGCCGGGUGGACCUGCUGUAGACGUCCCUGCUCCCCCUCCAACCCCACACUAACAAACACUCACACACAAACGCACACACCUGCCCAUUCACACCCAACACAACAGUUCUCAACUUUUUUAGACACCAGUUUCAAAUUGCUCUCGACUACACUCAGAUUCUCACAUGCACACCCCAUGAACAAGAACACUGCCCUCUUCUCUUACAAGUUUGAUUUCUUCUCUCCCCCCCCCCCCCCCCCCCUGUCCUGCUUUCCAGAGAACCAGCUGUUCCUUCACCGUGUCCCUUGCAUUGUUUUUGUGGUUGAGUGAGCGAAGCGCGCUGCAUUCAAAAAAGAGUGACAAUGUCCCCCCCCCCCCCCCCCCCAGUGACUGCUUUCUCUUCUCUGUGCACCACUGCUGUUUUUUUAUGCCACAAGGAGGGACUGUUAUAAGGUAUGGGGGAUUUCUGGGGGGGUUUUGGGGAGGGGGGGGGUGUCGUAUAUCGGGACAGCGUUACCUCUAACUGAGCUCAUAGCUUGGUGCAUACAGGAUUCACACAACUACCACACUGGGCUACAGUUGGACCAUUGGGAUUCUUUUUUUGUUUGGAUUACCUUCCAAAUUCUUCUUGUGUUUUUUUUAUUCACUCGAAAGAAAGAUGUCUUGGACUGAUCAGUGUUUCGCGGAACCGUAGGGGAGAACGGUUUAUGGUAUCGAAUUGGCGGCAGACUAACAACCCCGACGGAAUACGCCGUAGAGCAUUGAGGAGAAAAACGAGUCAAAGGAGAAGCCCACCACCAGCAAACUACAUGACGUCACCGCGUACGUCUCUGGAGGUUCCCAUCGCUGCCGCCAUUUUCCAUUUCUCCUUUAGUUUCUCUUGUUUUUUUCUGUUUUUGAUGCUUUUAAAAACUUGGUAAGACAUGAGCCACCUGAGGGCAAAGUAAGGAGGUUUUAAAAAUUAACCAGAAAACUGCUUCCUUUGAUUGAGAGAACCGUGUUAUUUUCGAGGGGUUUAGAGUUAGAACUAUCUAAACACAUUUUUAAGCGCUUUAGAAAACGAUAAUGAGAAGCCUCCAUGGACAAACGCUAAUCACCUAUUAAAGGCAAGAACAUAAGGAUGCACAUUUUUUUUUGUGUGCAUUUAAAUACAUUUCAAAUGAAAUCAAGUUAACUCAUUCAGCGCCUGGCUGGCUCCUGUGCUUGGCCGCAGGCUCUGAAUAAUGUCUGUGGAAGUAUGGCGACAAAUGAAGAUGAGUGCCAUUUGCAAAUUCCAUCCUGCUCUUGAUCAGUAUGCAUUUCCUUCUCCAUGUAUUCCUUUUCCAUCGUUUUCUGUAUUGGCUGAAAUAAGGUUACAGCGGUGUAAACGUAACAUCCGUGUUAUUCUGAGCCACAUCGCUCCUGUACUCCUUAAAAUGGCAGAAAUGAGGGGGGCUGCCUUAUAGGUUCAUGAUUUAAUUGUUUUCAUUCUCAACGAGCCUGGUCCUAUAAUGGCAGCAUCUGUGGAUACAAUGUCUAAAGUGCUGGGACAAUGUACCUAGUCUCUAUAGAUAUUACGUUAGUUGUUUUUUAUGUGGGACCUCAUUAUGCUCGUCGAAGAUGUAGGUAAACCGUGGAAAACAAGUGGCACCUGUGCUUGGCUUAAAAAAAAAUCCCCAAAAUGUGCACACAAGUAAAUUAUUUUUGCUUUUGUUGAAGACAUUGAUUGCUAUUGCAUUGCAUCAGCUUUUUUUUUGGUUACUAAAAUAUUGCUUUUGUCAUUUUUUGAUCUUCCCUGUUUUGUCACCGCACUCCCAAAAAAGCCAUGCCUCCUGGAAAUGUUGCAUUGUAAUUGCUAAUACAAAAAAUUCUCCGUCGCUAAAGCACAAUGAAUAAAAUCGAACACUUUGCUUGAAAAGUUAUUUCCCAUUCUUUAUUUACAGUAGAUAUAUUCUGAUCUUUUGCUUUAAAUACCAUCCGUUUUCAAACUCAGUAUUAAAAAUAAAGCGGUCAUAAUGAGCCUUACCCACCUGGUUGCUCAAUAUCCAUAUUGUCAACUGUUUCCAAAGAAAAUCUGAUCAUUUUGUUGCUUUGUCCCAAUUCCAUGUUCUUGGAGAUUUAUUGAAGUGAGGUACUCGGCUGGCAAUGGUUCUUGUCUAUUGUGGCAAUUGCAUACACUGCUGCAAACCACAAAUCGGCCAUUCAUGCAUUUUAGGUACUGGUAUACAGAUUCCUAAAUUUGUAUUUUUUUUCGUUUCAAUUUAUAAUUUAAUAUGCUAUAUCUUGUAUAGCUUGAACAAUAGUACCCAGGACUGUAUUUGUUUUUCAUUCAAUUCAUCCUAUACCCUCAAUUUGAAUGUUUGGGCGACUUCUAUUCGGCGAUACAUUUGGUACUGCUUCAGCUGUAUAUGUUCUGUUGUGGUUUUCAAAAAGUUGUCAGGAAAACCAAAAGACAUGGGUCCUGCUGCCUUCCAUGGAAUAUUAAGAACAUUUAACCUCCAACUUCUAUUGUCACACAACUUAACAACACGUAACAUACGUCUGCUUCAUUCCUUACAGGAAAGGUUUUUGUUUAUUGAUUGCUGAUGAAAGGAAAUUUGCUAAUGGAUUUGUAACCCAUCUUUAAUGUACCCAUUGUGACAUUUCUUUUCCCUUUUGAGGUUGUUUGGGAGGUGAAACUGUAAAAAAAAUAAAAUAAACACCUAACCAGUCUGACUUGUAAA